AUGUUAGAUGGUACUAUAUCUCAGACUGGUCGCAUUUGGCACCAGGUUCACCUCGCGGUUUUGGCCAAUGGCCAUUCCCACUCUAUCCCUUUCCUAGUCUGUCCUAUUGGAAACACACCCGCCAUACUUGGUAUGACAUGGCUUACUCAGGAGUCACCCUUCAUAGAUUGGAACCAAGGCACUAUCACUUUCCCCAACCAAGUCCAAAUAGCCUUGGAGGAGGAAGCAGACCCCAACCUGUUAGCCAACUUGCCCACGGAAUACCAUGAAUUUGCUAGGGUAUUUGGCAAAGAGGAGUUUAAGGUCCUUCCCCCACACAGGGAAUAUGAUAUCUCAAUUGAUCUAACGCCCGACGCCAAACUCUCCCCCGGACCUAUCUACGGCAUGACCGACGCAGAAUCCAAGGCGCUUAAACAACACAUUGACAAGGAACUAGCAACGGGCAAGAUCCGCCCCAGCACUUCCUCAGCAGGCGCUCUGGUCAUGUUUGUCAAAAAAGCAGACGGGUCAUUACGCUUGGUAGUAGAUUACAGGAAGCUCAAUGAUGUCACACAUAAGAACGUUUACCCACUCCCUAGGCAAGACAACCUCAUGGCUAAACUCAGAAACGCCAAACUGUUCACUAAACUGGACUUGCGCUGGGGGUACAAUAACGUCAGGAUCAAGGAAGGAGAUGAAUGGAAGACAGCAUUCAGGACAAAAUAUGGGCUAUUUGAAUAUUUGGUUAUGCCUUUUGGUCUCACUAAUGCCCCGGCCGCCUUCCAACAUUUCAUGAACGACCUAUUCCGGGAUCUCAUUGACGUCACAGUGGUCAUUUACUUGGACAAUAUCCUGAUUUUCUCAGAAGACCCUAAGGAUCACCCUGCCCACGUCAGGGAAGUUCUGUCUUGA